AGAUAAAGGUCUCUUUAUAGGCGAUGAGCCUCUGAACGAAUUUUUUUUCCUGUUUUUCGCUAAUAUCGCCAAAUUAACCAACGAAUCACUGUCGACCUCUCUCUAAACUCGCACGCGCCACCUUACGCGCCUCGCCGGCGACUCGGUUGCUGCUGUUCUCUCGGUUUCUGUCUUGGAAUCGGUUAUUUCCAAGGGAGGUUUGUCUUUUUCUUGAUCGAUUUGAUUGGAAUUGUAAUGGCUGCUCCACCUGCAAGAGCUCGGGCGGAUUAUGAUUAUCUCAUAAAGCUUCUUUUAAUCGGCGAUAGCGGUGUUGGUAAGAGUUGCCUUCUCUUACGUUUUUCAGAUGGAUCCUUUACCACUAGUUUUAUCACUACCAUUGGUAUUGAUUUCAAAAUCAGAACCAUUGAGCUUGAUGGAAAGCGGAUCAAGCUCCAAAUUUGGGAUACGGCUGGUCAAGAGCGCUUCCGUACAAUCACCACAGCUUACUACCGUGGAGCAAUGGGCAUUUUGCUGGUCUACGAUGUAACAGAUGAAUCAUCUUUCAACAAUAUUAGAAAUUGGAUUCGCAAUAUCGAACAACAUGCUUCUGAUAACGUCAACAAAAUAUUGGUUGGAAACAAGGCUGACAUGGAUGAAAGCAAAAGGGCUGUGCCUAAAUCCAAAGGACAAGCGCUUGCUGAUGAGUAUGGGAUCAAAUUCUUCGAAACUAGUGCAAAGACAAAUCUUAAUGUGGAAGAAGUUUUCUUCUCAAUAGCAAGGGAUAUAAAACAGCGUCUCUCUGAUACUGAUUCAAAAGCCGAGUCGUCGACGAUCAAGAUUAAUCAACAAGAUCAGGGAGCCAAUGCUGGUCAGGCUGCGCAAAAAUCAAGCUGCUGUGGUUCUUAAGAUGAUGAUCAAACCCUUUGAAGUAGUCAUGAUAUUGAAGCCACACUUCAUUGAUGGUGGGGGCAUCUUAGUUAUCUUGUGAUUCUUUUGAACUUCUUUUAGUGUGUGCAAUAGAUACAUAGGUAAUUUCACGUUUUAGAAUUUCAUUUAUGGUCAUGUCUAUAAUGAUGAGAUUUAUUUGGUCUGUUUACCUUU